ACGUUAUGUAAUAUUAAAUGUAUAUAAUAUAAAAGUAUCACAUAGAAAUUAUGAGAAUUUAAGUUACUUACUUACUUAUGAUCUAAAAUUGAUUUAAAUUUCAAUCUGAAAUAUAUAUAUGGAUAUCUUACUCUCAAUAUACAAAAAUCAGUUUUUUUAUCUAAAUUUAAUUUAAAAAUAUCCCUAAUCAAAAACAGAUAUACAGGACAUUUUUUGAUAAAGUAGAAUCAAUUCAAAUUUAUCAAAUCAAAUUUCAAAAAUAUUCCUGCUGUUCCUUCGCAAUAGCGCAUAGAUACUUCAUUAAAUUUUUCGUUAAAGCGAUAUAAAUUCAUUAUUGAACUAAGUUAAUUUUUUCAAGUCUAAGUUGAAGAUAGUGAUCAGACAUUUCUAUUUAUUUCUCGUGAGGGCACCUCGGAUGGCCACGACUUAGAAGGGCGCCUCGCGAGAAUAGCGUCGAGCGUUUCGAGAGAGCUCUCUAGCUGCCUUUGCCGCGACGCUAUAAAUGCGAAGGCGCAGACGAAAAUCGUUUCAGUGUCGAGCACGAAAAAAGCCGCAGCGGUGUGCACGUCGACGGUAACCAGCUUCUCGACACGCACAACGCGAUCAGUCUCCCACGUGCAUCCAUUCGCGGAUCUGCAUUUCCCACUACAAAUAAAAGAAUCUCGCGAUGUGACGGGGGUAAUUUCGCGCAAAUUUAUUAUUUCGCAAAACGCGGCCGCGGAUAUUGUAUAUAACACAUAAAUGCAUCUCUGACAACCAGUGUUUUUCGCUGCAAAAACUCGGACUUCCGACAGAUUUGCCCACUCGUGUCUCCUCACGCGAGUGAUUACAAAUCGGUCCGAGCUGCAAUUGUCAUCGGGCAAUCUUCUCCAGGCAGUUACCAUUAAUUUGCAUUAAUCUGUGCAGCUAAAACGCUCGCGAAUUAUAGUGAGUAAACAGCGAAUAGAUUUUACAUCGCCACUAGACUUCUUGGGAUGAGUUAAGCGGUGCAGAUACUCUCAGAUUCUUCGUUUCCACCGAGAUGGAAGAGGGACGACGCAAAGAUCGUGCGAGAUAUUAGAGAGAAAUAUCUCUUUGCUCAUUGCCGAUAGUGCGACUGAUAAUUACAAGAAGCCUGUACGUGCAUCGACGUGCAUGAUGAUUACUCAAACAAAGCUCUGGUGGAAAAUCCUUUGCUCUGGCGACAAGAAAGGUAUCCUCGCGGGCUUGGCCGCGCAUUCUGGCCAGAUCUCCGUAGGGCUGUCGCAAGGAUACAGCGCGAUCCUGAUACCAAAGCUGUUGGAGUCGAAUUUCGCGGAUCAGUCUCAAGCCUCGUGGAUCGCAUCCCUAGGCGUCGCCUCCAAUCCGCUCGGCGCUCUCGUUGCGGGUCUCUUCGCGGAGUAUUUCGGACGCAGAUCCGCGAUUGCUUUGGCCACGCUACCGCACGUCGUUGGCUGGCUGCUGAUCACAUUAUCGAGGAGCGUGCCGAUGCUAUACGCUGGCAGAUUCGUCAGCGGCAUCGGCACGGGCAUGGCCAAUGGACUGUAUCUCUACGUCAGUGAGACAGCAGCUCCAAAUCAAAGAGCUUGGCUAGCAAGCUGCGGGCCAAUUUUGGUCUCUGUGGGCGUUCUAAUAGUAUAUACCCUGGGUGCAAUCACGACGUGGGAACGCACUGCCGCCUUUAGCAUCGCUCCCGCGAUUCUGUCGCUCGCAUUGACACGGAUGUUACCGGAAUCUCCCGCCUGGCUGGCAUCGAGAGGUCGAACGCAGGAGGCCAAAGAAGCCCUUCUAUGGCUACGAGGUCCAGGAUUGAACGUCGAUAAGGAGUACCAAGAGCUUUGCGAAACGAACGCGAAGCGAAAAGAGAAGAAAGAGAGCAUACUGCAAGCGUUGCACAUGCCCAACGUAUGGAAACCGUUCCUGAUACUCUUCAUCUUCUUCGCCCUUCAACAGCUCUCCGGCAUUUACGUGAUCUUGUUUUACGCUGUAAACGUGCUGAGGGACAUCGACAUCGAUGUGAACGAUUAUGCGGCCAGUGUCGGUAUAGCUUCUAUCAGACUAUUUGCGUCAAUCUUCGGAGCUGGACUAGCGAACAAUUUAGGCAGACGGGUCCUAGCGUUCGUCAGCGGUUUUGGUAUGGCUGUCGCGGCCAUGGGAAUUGCUCUCACGUUCAGGUUCAAUUUUCCGUCAUGGGUGCCUCUACUCUGCAUCGGCGCUCACGUAGGUGCAUCCAUGAUUGGUUUCCUCACGCUACCAUGGGUGAUGACAUCAGAGUUGUACCCACUGAGAUUCAGGGGUGGCUUGGGUGGUCUCACGACCAGCAUCGCGCAAAUGCUGACGUUCGUUACGAUCAAAAUGUAUCCAGAUCUAAACGCCGUCAUUGGUUUGAAAUACACGAUGUGGAUAUUCAGUGCGGCUAGUCUAUUAGGCGCCAUCUUCGCCUUAACGAUAUUACCGGAGACGCGGGGACGCAGUCUCGAUGACAUCGAGAUGAAAUUUUGCAGCAAGUCGAAUUGGACGGAGCAAACGGCCUGCAAGAUCUUCUCAAACAUGUUACAGCCGAAGAAUAUCACCCUUCAGCGAUUCACAUCGAUCUCGGAGGAAAAACAGUCGAGUGUCCUAACGAACGCGUACGUCUACGACAAUUUCUGCUUGGAGUUAUCUCCGGAGAACUUGGACAAAGAUACCAAAGCAUCUCAAAAGGAAUUGAGUCAAGAUCAACAAGUUAUAAACAUCGCACUUGAACACGUGUGCCUUUAA